UGACCGUAGAGAUGGCAGAGGAUGAGGUGCAGUAUGCUUCGGUGGUUGUUAAAAGCAAAAAGUCCCCAAGAGCUACAACAGAGGAAGACAUUGUGUACGAUGAAGUGAAGAUAUCAAACCAAAAAGCUCAGCAAACGCCUGAGACAAACGGACCUCUGUUAGACAAGGCAGCAGAAAAAUGUCGGCGCUAUCAGCAGCUGGCUUGCUGUUUUGGGAUUCUCUGUGUCCUUUUGGUCCUGAGCAUCAUUGGAGUCUGUGUUUACCUUGCAACGGUUCGUGAGAGCACUGGAAAUGAACUUAAUGAGCUUAAAUCAAACCUGACCAGACUCAACAACAAAUUCACUUCAGAUUAUGAGAAUCUGAAGGUUCAGUUCAACAACCUGACUGCGACUUCUACUGCCUUAGAAAACAAGAUCACCACGUUGACUGCAGAAAACCAAGACCUGAGGAGAGAAAAGAAAAACCUCACAGAACAAAUAGAAACUAUGGAGAAAACUUGGAAUGAGCAGAACGUCAGUCGAGCUCAGUGGAGUAUUGAUGAAUACUGUCCUAAAGGAAAUAAAGGGAGAAGUUGCACUUCUUGCCAGAAAGGAUGGGGAAAACAAUUUUCCAGCUGUUAUGCAUAUAAUGACGCUAAGGAGUCUGAUCAGAGAAACUGGGAAGGUGCACGAGAGGAUUGCAGUACGAAGAACUCAGAUUUGACUGUUGUGUUCGAUCAAAUAGAAAAGGAUUAUGUCAAAACACAGAGUCCAGUUAUAGAAGGCAUCCAAGGAUACUGGAUUGGUCUCAAAGCUGAAGGAGGGAAAUGGAAAUGGAUUGAUGGAAGUGAACUGACCAAUCAAGCCUGGAUACAGCAGCAGCCUGCAGUUGAUGGUCAGUGUGUAACUUCUCUCCAGGGCAGAGAAUGGAGAUCAGAGAGCUGUGAUGAAAAGAACGCAUGGAUCUGUGAGAAGAAGGCUUUAUCUGUUUAAAGAUGAAAUACUCAGAUUCAGGGAAGUUAUCUGGAAAGCUUUAAACACAAAAAAAUAAAAAUUUAGAAGUUAAUAUAUUUUAUCAAAUGUUUGCUAUAAAACUGUGUUUUGAGUGCAUCUCAUAUUUAUUGUGAAAAAUUUAGAGAUUUUAACUUAAAGCCUGAUUUAAGACACCAGAAUUUAGAAAACAUUUAAGAGGCACACAGUAGCUGUUCAUGAGUUUGGAGUUUUUUUUUUAGGUUUUUCUGAUUAUUCUGAGCUGCAAUACUUACAGUUUAUAAACAGACAGGAUUCAGUUCCAUGUUUCCUAAAUUUUUUACUGAGAGUUUCUGAAUUAAUUUUAAUAUUAAUUAAUAACCAUGAUUAUAGGACCCUCACUUUGUGUUUGUGAUAGGAUCAUGAGUAUACAUAUUUAGAUGCUCCUGCUUGUUUAAAUAUAUCAUAGUCGUGUCCUUGGGCAAGACACUUCACACACACUUUGCCUACUGGCGGUGGUCAGAGGGCCCGGUGGCGCCGGUGCAUGGCAGCCUCGCCUUUGUCAGUCUACCAGGGCAGCUGUAGUUACUAACAUAGCUCACCACCGUCAGGGUGUGAAUGACUGUAGUG